AUGGACGGGUUUUAUGGCAUCCGCUUACGUCCAUAUCAGCUGGAAGGGGUCAAUUGGCUGGUUCGCUGCUUCGGCUCUCAGCACGGCUGCAUCCUCGGGGACGAGAUGGGUCUCGGAAAGACCUGCCAGGCUAUUUCUCUGCUUGUCGUCUUACAAGGGAAGCUUAAAAAGAGGCCUUUUUUGAUACUUUGCCCUCUGUCUGUGCUGAACAACUGGAAGGAAGAACUGGAAAAAUUUUCUCCCGGCCUUUCCUUUGUGGCGUAUGCGGGGGAUAAGGAAGAACGGGCAAAGCUCCAAGAGGACCUGAGGCCCAGUGACAGUUUCCACGUUCUCCUGACAACUUACGAGCUGUGCCUCAGGGAUGCCACGUUUCUGAAAAGUUUUAACUGGGUGUGCCUCGUGGUGGACGAAGCCCACCGGCUGAAGAAUCAGGAAUCGCUGCUUCAUAAAACGCUUACUAAGUUUUCAGUAGACUUCAGGCUUCUGCUGACAGGAACGCCAAUUCAGAACAGCCUUCAAGAGUUAUACGCCCUGCUUACUUUUAUUGAACCAGACGUAUUCCCCGAAGCACAUGUGGACGAAUUUGUUGGCUGCUAUCAUGAAAUUGAAAAGGAAAGCAAAGCAGCCACAGAACUCCACGCUCUCCUCCAGCCCUUCUUGCUCCGGAGGGUGAAGGCGGAAGUGGCCGCCGAACUCCCGAAGAAGGAGGAGGUGAUGCUCUACCACGGCAUGUCGGCUCUGCAGAGGAAGCUGUAUAAGGCGGUUCUGAUGAAGGACCCAGGAGCAUUUGAAAAUGACACAGGGAAGAAAGUGAAGCUCCAGAAUAUCUUGAUACAGCUCCGGAAGUGCGUUGCCCACCCGUACCUGUUUGAUGGUGUUGAACCAGAGCCCUUUGCCAUUGGGGAUCAUCUAAUUGACGUCAGUGGGAAACUGAGCUUAUUGGACAAGCUUCUCUCAUUCCUGCAUGCUGGUGGCCACCGAGUGUUACUGUUUUCCCAGAUGACACGAAUGCUGGAUAUUCUCCAGGACUACAUGGAUUAUAGAG